AUGCCAUCGGCAAUAGUGGAUAUCUGUCGCGACCCUUAUCCCGCUUUCCAUGAUGACGAUAAGCUCCAUCAGAAGACUCAAGAACAGGUGCUAAAAAGUAUGCGGAUUUUUGCACAGGUGCUAGAAAAGUACAGUUUGGAAGAGCUGUCGAUAAGCUACAAUGGAGGGAAGGAUUGUUUGGUGAUGCUGGUAAUCUACCUCGCUGCCAUCUAUGAAAAAUACGAAAACCAGCUGCUCGAGCUCAAAAACAAUAAAUUAUCAAGCGUUUACAUUAACAACGAAGUCGGCUUUCAAGAACAAGACGAGUUCCUCUACUAUUCCGUCGUAAAAUACCAACUCUCGCUAACAAAAAUCAAGGACCAAAUGAAAGGUGGAUUUCAGAAAUACCUGAAUCAAAAUCCUAAAAUCAAAGCUAUUGCCGUCGGUAUCCGCCGAAUCGAUCCAUACGGAGAAAAUCUGGCCUAUAUUCAGCAUACCGAUCAUGGCUGGCCCGCAUUUUACCGAAUUAACCCGGUGCUUGAUUGGACGUACUGCGAAAUAUGGUAUUUCAUCAAGGCAACCAACAUCGAAUAUUGCUCCCUAUACGAUCAGGGAUACACCUCCAUAGGUGGAAUAGACAACACGGUAAAGAACCCGCUUCUCAGGCUUGGGGACAAGUACCUGCCGGCUUAUAUGCUUGACGACGAUUGCCACGAACGACUUAGUCGGUGUGACAAGAAAGAAGUAGAUUCACGGGAAAAUAGACCCGAAGAGAAAUUAUAG